ACAAUGUAAACGUAAACGAUUACGUUUUUCUCGUAUAUCGUUUGAGUUGCAAAUAUGUACACGUCAAUGGUCUUUUUAGGUGUAUGGCAACUCCUAAAAUUUAAGCGAAUUUCGCUGAAAAAAUAUAUCACAUGACAUUUUGACAUGCCGAUAUAUUGACGAAAAGGCAGUAAAACAAAUUAAAGAAAGAUUCCUUGUAAUGAAUUUUGAGUGAAUGAAAAUAUUAAAAAUGGCAAACAAAAAAGGAAAUAAUGUAGGAGGAAGCAAGCAAAAAACCAAUGACUCCGUAGAUUACAGCUCUUUUAAAACUGUUCUAUUUUAUUGUUCAUUAAUUGUAUUUCUACCUGUGGUGACGUUUUUUCUGCUGAAGGGUGUUGUUUUGGAUCAAUUGUUUACAAUGACAGAAAUAAGAACAAAUAUUUUUGCUGCUGUUGGAGCGGUGGUUUCGCUGCACUUAGCAUUAGGACUUUAUGUUUACCGUGCUUACUUUGGGGGGGAUGCAGAUAAGCAGACAAAGCGUGAUUAGUUUUGUAAAUAGAAUUUU